GAGCGUGAACGUUAUGAAGGACGGUCAAACCCUGAGUCCAUUUGCUGUGGCCGGGGUCCUCAUUUGGGCUGAACCAAGAGCGAGUUUGUUUUGGUGGGGAGAAUGUUGUUUUAGGGCGUGUUGCUAGCUGUAAUGUCACAUUAGACGUCCAUUUACAAUGGGGUCAAUGAAAAGCUUACUUGACUCAGAGGAAGCAAUGGGAGGAGAAGGAAUUUGCGCUCCUUUCCAAAAAUAAGUUUCCCCCCUUUUCCCGACGCGGUGUUACCAUGACUGAGAGGGAAGGAGGGGAGGAGGGUUGUCGAGUAUCGUGAAUGGAGGGAUUUAGGUAGAAAAGAAGGAAAAGGAUCAAGUGGAGGAGGGAAUAUGGUUGUGAUUAACAGGAAUAUCGUGUUGGAGUGGACCAUUCAGCGGUGCGGUCUCCUCGGAGCGAGGGAGUGAGCUCGAGAGCGAGAAAGAGAGAGGGGAGGGGGCUAAUAGAGAAUGCAUGCGAAAGCUUGCUGCCAAAAAUGAGACGGGGAGUUUUUUCAGAGAGAAAAGAAAGUACAGCCCAGCGCCAUGAAGGGAAGAAGGAGUCGCUGAGAGCAGAAGGCGCAAAGAUGGCGGCGGCUCGGGUUAGAAUCAGCGAGGUGUCUGAUAUCGAGGGGCUUAAAAGUGAAAGUUUUUCGCAGCCCCGUUUUGUCAGCUCAAGCCCAAAGGACAAGAUCUUUCUUUCCCGGAUGAACGAGCUCAACUGAGUGUUUUUUUUUUUUCUUCAAAACCUCACCUCCACCUGCAGGACAACUCCUUCAGUGGUAUACUGGGAACUAUUCAGCCUUCUUCUCCUCCCCCCUGACUUCUCUGAUGGAUCAGAGAAUGAAGGGGGGCACCCCUCAAAUGACGGACUCCACGCUGGAUGCCUCCCCGGGAACUGAGGACUUUGAGCAGGACCAGGGAAAAAGAAAGCGUGUGGAGACAGAGGAUUUGGACGCGGGGAAGAAGGAGGACAGGCGAGGGAAGAAGAGGGAAGGGGACAAGGGGGCGGUGCUGGAGUUGCUCAUUGAGGGUCGUUGUGGGGGCGCGGGGCAGCAGCAGCUUCAGUUAUGUGGCAGAGAGAGCAGCUGCCCUGACGGGAACGUGCGACUCCGCAUCGGCGUGCAAGCCAAGCGCACCAAGAAGCCGCCCAAGAUCUUGGAGAGCUACGUCUGCAAGCCCACCAUCAGAACCUAUCAGAGGCAGCAAGGUCGAGGGGGCGCCCUGCCCGCCAGGACCGCAUCCGACGCGGACGACGCGAGCAGAGAAAACCGCUCGGGUUCAGAUGGCGUCCAGAUUGCGUGUAAACAAACGGCAUCUGCCGCUUUGCAAUCAUCAUCAACACCAUCAUCAUCAUCAUCGGCAGCAGCAGCCGCACGGUCUUUAACACCAGCAAAUGUUAGUCUUCCCGCCUUAGCCCCAGCCAUCGCGAAGCCAGGGAGCAAACAGGUUCCUCUGAAACUGGCGGGUAACACAGAGGUGACUCCUGCCGAUUCGUUGGAGCGAGGGAAGAAAGAAAAGAGUCCAGGCAACCACGAGAAGCCCUUCCCCGGAGUGCUCAAACCGCGUUCGUCCGCCAACCACCAGGAAGCUUCGGCGACCCUCUCACUGCCCGGCAGGGAAAUCCUCCAGAAACACAACGGCGCGGUGCAGACCAAGAAAGGACUUUUGAACGGGAAAUGCUCCGAAGAUAAACUGCGAGAUGCCCUUUCCAUCAAAACGGCAAACCGCAGCAGCUCCGUUCCCGCUGUGGACGCCGCACCUCCUGGUUCUUCUAAAACGGAGAUUUGCUUGGCGCAGAAGAAUAACCCCCCCUCGGUUACCGAUAAAUCAAACUCCUGCCCCGCUCUGGAUGCGUCGCCUGCGCAUUCCCAAGUUCUGGAAGCUUCACUAAAGCGCUCCGAUGACAAAAAGAGAGCUAAAGAGCGGAAGGUAAAGAAAGACAAACGAAAAGAACGAAAGCUAAAGGGAGAUGGACUGGAAGCGGAGAGAGUUAAGGGCGAUGGGCGAAAGGAGGAAAUCAAAAAGAAGAAAAAAGACAAAGGGAAGGACGGCAAAUUGCAACAGGGUAAAGACCGCAAAAGCGGCGACGAAUUGAAGACGGGAGAAAAGUCUGAGAAAAGCAAGACGAGCCCAGAGAAACACAGAAAAGAGGACACGUGCUCAAGCGCCAUGGGUACAUUUGAUAACCCAUACAAAGUGGCAGAGCCGGGAAGAUCUGACGAGGAGAGCGGAAGAGAUCGUAUCGAGCAGGCCGAGCGGCAAGCAGCGACCGCCGACGGCGCCCCAAAGUCAAAGGACAACGACGCCGUCAGGUAUUCAACGGCGCCGCCAAAGCAUCCGCCGUCAUCUUCUGCCCCGCCCCCUCUGUCGCCGCCGCCCUCCCGCCAAGAGCAGGACAGCAGACCGCUGAAAAAACGUAAAGCCAGAAGGCCCAGCUGGACCAAACUGGUGCACCGGGCCCAGAGGGCGGAAAAUCACGAAACGGAUUCUCAACAGAGUUUCUCUCAGAAGUUGUCCGCUCACUCGACUCCCUGCCGCUCCCCGACGACAAAGCCGUCAUCCCCGAAACAGAACCUCUCCGUAUCCGAUUCGAAGGAGCCCGUUUCCAAAAGCCCCGCCGCCCCGACCCGAAAACGAGGCCGACCCAAAUCCCACACCGUGAUCUUUGGCGAAUCCCCCCUAAGACUUUCCCCCGAGGAGGUCGCCUUCUUGCAGUUCGAUGACAUCCAGAAAAGCCCCGUCGUCCCGAAGAAGCGCGGCCGUCCUCGCAAACAACGCCUUGAAAAAACAGACGUCCCCGAAAAGAACGGAGAUCCUCCUUCUCCUCCUCCCGAGAAGGGAAACGGGCAGCUCAAGAUCAGGAGGCUGAUUAACGAGAUGAAGAAAAGGAAGAAGAAGCGACUUCACAAAGCGAUGACGUCCGCCGACGGCGGGAAGGAUAGCGAGAGCGCCAAAACCUACAAGCCCGUCGAUCCCCCGACAGUGCCGACGCUCUCCGACUUGUCCUCCUCCUUUGGGACCAAGCUGGGCCCUCAGAUCAACGUGAGCAAGAGAGGAACCAUCUACAUGGGCAAGAGGAGAGGACGCAAGCCCAAAUCCCAAACGGCUCGUCUGAAUUCCCACGCCUACGCGCCGUCGUCUUUCUUCGGGCAGCCCGGCGAAACGUCCGUCUUCAUGCCUCCCGCCGCUCACCCGUUUCCCUCCCCGUCCCUCACGCACUCCAGCGGGGCCCACAGCCCUUACAGCGAGGGAAGCGUCGCCGAACCGGCGUCCGCUCUGCUUUUCCCUCCGCCGUUCUCUCUGCCGUCACCGUCGUCCUCCUGCACGUCCCCCCGUCCCCCGUCCCGCUCCUCCUCCCUCUCCCCCUUUGUGAAGAAAAGUUGUCCGUGCCAGGGCAGGCAGCACUUCCCUUUCCACCAGUCGUCGUGUAAGCUCUCCCCCGCGGGCGCUGCGCUCCGUCCCACGCCCAGCCCCCCCGCCCGCCUCAAAGACGCCACCCCGUCGCCCAGGAGUGAAUCGCACAGCGACGAGACGUUGCCCAGCGACAGCGGCAUCGGAACGGAUAACAACAGCGUCUGCGAGCGAGCGGAAAUGAGGGCCGUCCAAGGCGCGCUGGGGUUGGGCCCGGGGUCCGCGGGCAUUCUCGGGGGCCCCAAGCGCUCCUCUCUCGCCGAGCCUCCGAUGGCCAGGCACAAGAAUCCGACGGGCAACUGCGCUCCCGUCGAGCGGCAGCGACAUCGGCACAGGCGGCGGGAUUACGGCUGCGCCUCUUCCUGUAAUUGCCUGUGUCCCUGCCCCGGACAUAACAAGCGCCCUCAUUCGGCUUACUACCCUUUCGUCUGUCACAACGCGCUGAAGAGACCGAAAAACAAACACAAAAAGAAACACCAACAGCUACUCAUGCAGGAUCCCGAGUUUCUGUCCGAACUGGAAGAGCUCAUCGGUCAAUUGAGUGAAGUCCACAUCGGUCGGCGAGGUUGGGCCAGGUCGGAGCCGGGCCAGGCCUUUGACGGCGCCAGGCGCCAUCAUCACUCCUCGCAUUCUCACCGCUCCAAUAUUUUCAGGAUCAAUCUGAAUGGCUUCUAUUCUCCCCACCCUCCAUCUUACGCCGCGAGCCCCUCCUUCUCCUCUCAGUCUUUCUACCCCUGCCAGACGCUGCGUUGUAACAGGAAGCCGGAGCGCAGGCAGUGCGGAUGCCCGCCGUCCAAGUUCCAGGAAACAAUCGACAACAUGGGCUUCUAUAGUAACUACCCGCCGGCCACGACGCUUUACCGCCAUCUUCCCGGCUCGUACCCGCUUCCAUCUCCUCACCAGUAUGCCUCGCAGCAGCCCCACCACGCCCACAUCUUCCUUAACCCCGCCAGGUUCCAUCGGCAGAGGAGCAGGCUGCUGAGGGAGGGCGCUCUCGGGGGGGAGAUUGACGGCAACGGGGGAGGCCUCAAUUUAGGCUACGCAUCGAGCCUCCCGUGCGACUGCGGUCACAAACAUAAACGCAGACAAAGGCGGUGCGGACGUAACGCGGAAGGGGAGGCCGCCUUGGGGCAUGAGGAACAGGAGGACGCGGUGGCGAGAGAGGCCUUCUCCACUUCAAAGUCAAGGUUCAUUUCGGGCCAAGGGGGAGGACGCAAAGGCGCGAGAGGAAUGGAGGGCGUGCUGUCCAAAGACUCACCUUGGUUACGCGACGAUGCAAAUAAUUCCUUCUCGACCGCCGCUUCGUCAUCGUUGGCGGAGAGAUCAAAACGCGCGUCGCUCUUCUCCGUGGGACUGGGCUCCUCCCACUUGUCGUCGUUCGGAGGGGGCUGGGGCGCCCUGGGCCAAAGUUGGGCCAAACUGAGGGGUGCGUCCUUCCCGAACGCCAGCUGGGGGUCUUCCGCCGGACGCGUUGGUCCGAUGAUUCCCUCUGACCCGGAGGACGACGACGGGGAUGACAUUCACCGCCCCUACCCGAGCAGGACGCCUCCAUCCGCGACGCACACCAACCUGUUCACGUCGGUCGACGUGGCAACGGGGGGAGGACGUGGCCUGAGGAGCGGGUUGGCCGGUAGGAAUCUUGGAAGCGGAGACGGGUCGUGGAGGACGGACGAGUCGGCAUGGACUGAAAGGAGAGAAGCAGCUUUACAAGGUGACCCAAGAAGCCGCGGGCAGCUCAAAGGUUUGCCAGAGACACGCAGCGCCGCAGGGAAAAACAAAAGAAGACCCGGCCGACCCCGAAAACGCCUUCUGCCCUCCACUUUGCCUCCCCCCGUGUUGUCGCCCGACCUCUUGCGAGAGUGCAUCCGUCAUGACGGCAUUGCCGGAGGAAGGAGAGCGCUGUCGGACUGUGAUGGAGCGGGCGUUAGCUCGGUGCAGCGGGUGACAGAUUCGGAACCGCAGGCUAAGAGGAAGCGAGGACGGAAGAGAAAACAUGACGCUUCUCCCUGUCAUCAGAGUGUCGCCGAGGACGAGACGGGGUGCGGCGACGCGCCCGCCGAAUGUUUUGGCGAAUCGGCCGUCGAGCUGCCCGCAUCCCAACCAGCUGCUGUCCAAAGAGACAAGAGUGAAGACGGUCCUCCCAGGAAAACAUUUUUGAGAGCCGGUCUUUACUCUGAUGAUUACAAAACGACAGAUCCUCCUUCCCAAUCUCCAGCCCUCUCCAGAGGGAGUGCCGACUUCAAAGCGGGCGAGUGGGAUUACAGCCUUUUACCAGCGCCCAUCCAUGUCGGGAAGUACUUGCGAAUGAAGAGGAUUCAUUUCCAGUUGCCCUAUGAUGUCAUGUGGCUUUGGCAGCACAACCAGCUUCAGAGGCAACCCGCCUUCCCUCUUAAGAGGAAGCGGCGCUACUGUCUCUCACACGCAGGCCAACUGAAGGAGAGAACGUUUCCCUCUCGGCGCGCGGCGGAGGAGAGCUCGGGUGACUUGGCCAGCCUCUUUCCUCACCUCGACAUGGAGCCUUUGAGCAGCGACGAGCGGAGCUUCGUGGUGACACAUCGCGUGUUCCUGGUGAGGAACUGGGAGCUGGUGAGGGAGCGGCAAAUCCGACUGAGGAUGGAGGGGAGGCGAGAGGGGGACGGCGAGGCGGAGGAGAGGGACUGGCGUGUCGUGUGCGCCGACGGAGCCAGUGGGGACGAUAGCUACAUCAAGUCAGAUGUACCAGUAGGGGUGGCGGAAGUGACGAUUUCCAGCAGUGACCCCCACCCGGGCUGCGACGACACCACCCGCUCGCUCAGCGCCAGCCCCCGUCCCACGGAGAGCCGGAACAGAGAAGAUGAUGAAGAUGAGGAGGAGGAGGAGGAGGAGGAGGAGGCUGAGGAAGACAAAGUGGGAGAAUGCAGCAGAGAGCAGAGGAGAAAGCGGCUGAACGAUUUACUUUUGACCCUGCAGCAUUCAUAAGCUAACACACGCAUUGAGGCAAGAGCACUCAAGAGGAAAAGGGACCAGGCACGCCCUCAAGACAAGCGGACAGGUGCUGCAUUUGAAUCGGAAAAACAACCCCCCUUUCAACGGCACCGACGCCGGCGUGGAGCAGAGGAGAAUUUCAAAACGAGAGAAAGACAUCACGGCGUGCUCUGACAGCCACUGAACCGAACGCUCUGAAGGGCAUCCCAGCAAGGAUGAAACCAUGGCAACACAUCUUUUGUCCGAGACGAAAGAGAGGGGAAAAAAAGAGAGCGAUAGAGGGAGGAUCAACAGAAAACAGACCAGCUGAAAUUAAUUUGCACUAGUGCCCGAGCACGCUAAAAGACACUAAACAAGUGUGAAUACUAUCCCCCGCUAAAAAAAAAACACACUUGCAAUGCUCCUACUUGGGCACCUUAAAGCAAAACUGGGGGGAAAGAACAUAGACCCUUGGUGGUUCUCGGACUACGGGCUGGGAACGCAAACUAGGUCACUAAUGAAGCUUUCAAAGUCACAUUGCACCUUGAGGGAAAGGGAGGAAGCGCGCCAGCUUAAAAGCACUUGUUUGGCUUUUCUUCACUUUACAAGCGAGUGAAUCAGGAGACAUGGGGUCGGGGGUCAUUAGGGGGGGAGUUCUGGGGAAUGGGGGGGUUUCUUCAUGAUGAGAGGCACUGCUGCAAAAGAAUCUCUCGUAAGGUUUUCAGAAAGAUUUUUUGUGUGUGUGCGCGCCCUGAAGAAAUCAAUGAAUACGAGGAAUGUUUAUUGUGAACUAUUUUUCUUCGAGUAUUGCUUCCUGGAAAGAAAGGAAGGUCAAAAUGUGUCUUUACGUAAUUCAGACUGACUGCCUUUGAGAAUGUUUCAGUGACAAUCAGAAUGUCCCAGGGUGUUUAAAACUAACAGGAAAAAAAAGAGGAAAAAGAUGGCAAAUAUGAAAUGCUAAGUAGAAGUGCCAAGCUGUCUUGUGUCCAAGCAAUACCCCCCAAAUAAGACUAUAUGUUACAUUAUACCGUUUUUAUUCAUUAUUUUUGUGUACAGAAUGUUCAUAGAUCGUUCUCACUUUAGGGGCAUUUGCUCACUUGGUACAAUACAUAACAUUUAGUUUUAUGUACAUAACAAAACUAUAUGACAAGAAUUAAUAAUCCCAUUGUGGGUUUUUUUUUCUUUUACAGCUGACCAAUACAUGAGACAGUUGUCAUUAGACUAUGAUUGUAUACCUUUUUUUGUAAUGUUUUUUAGACAAGCAUGUUUUUAUUGGUCAGUGAUUUUUAAUUUGUCGUGGCUUUUUCUCUUAAUGAGCCAAGAAAGUGCAAUUUCUUUGACUGUUUACAUAUCCUACACACACACACACACACAUAUAAUAUAUAUAUAUAUAUAUAUAUAUAUAUAUAUAUAUAUAUAUUCCACCUUCCUUUUUGUAACAGUGCAUCGCUGCAAGCUAUUAACUUUAUAGCAAAGGUACACUUAAGUUAUCUAGUAUGCAUGACUUGUAACCUUUGCCUGCUGCCUCUAAAAACGUACAUCUGAAAAACUAAACGUCAUAGAAAGUAAGAUUUUUUUUGGACUUAUAUAUCCCAUAAUAAAAAGCAUUUUAUGUCUACCA